UGUCAACCUUUAAUCUCUAACCUUCAGCCACCUUUACUCUCUGACCCAGAGUUUUUUUUCUCCUUGACUGAAACAGAGAAAUGGAAAACUUUGGUUUGUCUUUUGACGACUCGUUGUUCAGCAGUGGAAAUGUGCGAGAAAGUCGCAGACUUGUGUCAUACAACGCCAAGAUAUGCGAGGAAGGGUGGUUCACUCAUCAGGAUGUGGGACUAAAUUGCCAGAAGGCUGAUGUGGAAAGACUAGAUGUGCUGAAGUUUUCUGCAGACCAGCUGUACUACCAGAAGGACUACAGGGGGGCCAUGGCCAUUUACAGGGACAUGCUUGGUUCCAUUCCACCCAGCAAUGCCACAGUGAGGAGAGAUGUGGAGGAGGCUAUAGCAAGGUGUUGUCUCAACCUCGGGGAAGCUGAUGCUGCUUUGGACAUUGCAUUAGAUAUGAAUAAAUCAGUCAACCCUAACAACCCUGACCAACAGACAGUUGUGUGGAGUCUACUUAGAGAUAUCUAUAAACAUAUGGGCAAUGUACAAGAAUACAUGAGGAUUCAACAAGACUUGGUCACCUUGCACCCACAAAAUGUACAUGUCUGGUUAGAACUCAGUGACCUCUACCAGAAAAGAGCAGUACUGCAGUGCAAAGAAAACACAUCAAAACCUUCACUUUCUGCCAAUAGCCAAACUCAUGCUGGCUUGACAAAUAUUACUGAUGAUAUACAAGAUGACCAAAAGAAAGCUCAAUCCUGUGUAGAUAUUGAACAAUCUGGCAACAGUUCAAAUACCUCUAAUACAUGUAAAGAAGAGCUGUUAUCUUGUGAAAGGAAAAUUCUUGAUUUACAACUCAGGGGUGAACAUGGCGAGGAACAGGAGGACAGGAGCCUUGCUUGUGCUUGUCUGAUUCAGGCCAGGGUGUUACUUCAGGAGGCUGAGAGAGGAUGCACAUCCUUCAGUAGGCAAAAGAACAAGAAACUUCAGACCAACAUCUUAAGACAACUUGUAGAUAUGGGUGUCCCUGAACAUGUGGUCACAGAUACUGCCAAGUUCCUUGAGAACAGAAGUGAAGUGGAUGCUAGCACUGAUAGGAAAUUAGAUGACACUUUGGAGAGACCUCAGCACACCUUUGAAGACAGAUGGUUAUCCUGGGCAUCCUGCCUCCACAUAGGCUGAUCAUCAACAGUCAUCCCAGUAUCAUGUGCAAGCUGUGCUGUCCCAAUCACCUGUAGACACCAUAUAUGAACGUCACAGUAGCAACAAUGUUGAUUGUAUGUUGUUUAGAAUGAUAUGUGAAUUCAUAGAUACAGGCAUAAAGAACUUGUUUUUCUUUACUUGGUCCUAAUCUCUUUAUUGAAAUAAAUGAAGUGAAUGAUAAUAAUGAAAUAAACUAUGACUCCAUGUUUGC